CGUUCACUUGGUGGCAAAUGCUGUAAAUUGGUACGAAUAAAAACACUGCAGCUCCACCAAAACCCUAACUGCGAAGAGAGGCGCGAUAAACAGACACAAACACGCUUCCGUCGUCCUCAGUCUCUCUGCCGGCGAAGAUCAGCAUCUGCAGUCAACCAUGGGUAAGGUUCACGGGUCGCUCGCACGUGCCGGGAAGGUUAGGGGUCAGACCCCGAAGGUCGCCAAGCAAGACAAGAAGAAGAAGCCCAGAGGCCGCGCCCACAAGCGCUUGCAGUACAACCGGAGAUUCGUCACCGCCGUUGUUGGAUUCGGGAAGAAGAGGGGGCCUAAUUCUUCCGAGAAGUAAGGUUACUCUUUGGGGAGUUUUUGCUGUUUUCUUAUGAGGCUUUAGUUUCAUUUGAAAUAUUUAUUUUGUAGCCAGAUUAUGGUUUGACAUUAUCUAUUGGUUCUGUUUCAUUGUUCUAAAGCUUGUUUUUGAUGUCCUGAUUGGGAAAUGCUUACUAAUAUCGGCCAGUUUUCAGUCUUUGACUACA